AUGGCUUCGGAAUCUCCAAGUGCUGCUCGUAAAGUCGUUGUUCACCUAAGAGCCACUGGGGAUGCCCCAAUUCUCAAGCAAGCCAAGUUCAAGAUUGCUGGGACUGACAAGUUCAUUAAAGUGGUUGAUUUUCUUCGCCGCCAACUUCACAGGGAGACAUUGUUUGUGUAUGUCAACAGUGCCUUCUCACCAAAUCUAGAUGAAUUAGUGAUCGACUUGUAUAAUAAUUUUGGAUUUGAUGGUAAACUGGUGGUCAAUUAUGCUUGUUCCAUGGCCUGGGGCUAACUGUUACAAUUGAUGGAUUAGGGGUAUACAUCUGUAGAACUGCUUAUUUGAAUUUCUGCAUCAAGGAGCCUGCAUGUGUAUAAGAUUGGUGAUAUGCAAUUCCACAUAAUCAAGGGAACAUGGGUAUCGUGCAGAUUGAAGAUUCUGAUGUACGAGAAUUUACGUAACAAGACUUGAAAGCAAAACUUUCGGACCUGAUGCUACAAUUCCUUUGCUUCUUUAAUUGUUUCUCUAUUUUUCUUGAUACCAAACUUCAACUAACACAUCAAAUGAACAAGCCUGUCUAUGGGUUGAGACAACAAAACAUGUAUUACUUCAUUCACUUUUGAGUAAAUAAAAAUUGUAUUACGUGUAUAUGGAAUGCUAAGAAA